AUGUCGACAUGGGAGCAAAUGUACACCGAUAUGGUGCUGCAUGCACCGGAUCCAGAUGAGGAGCUGCCCUUGUCGAAUCGCAGGGCGACGAUGUUCGGCACUACGCUCACUUUCUUGAUCAUAGCAUGGUUUGCGGUUUUCUUUCGUCUGUAUGUCCGCAUCAGAGUCGUCAAGGAAUUGGGCUGGGAUGAUGCGUUUGUGUUCCUUGCUCAGUCGUUGAACACGGCAGCCACCGUCGUAAUGUGUCUUUCUGUCAAGCAAGGACUGGGUGAGCACAUGUUGUACAUUGGCUACAACCGUCUAGUAGAAUAUCUGAGGUUGUACUACUUCGAAAUGGCCAUAUACGUCACCAACUGCGGCGUCAUCAAGAUCGCUCUCUUGCUCCAGUACCUCCGCAUUUUCAAGGCUGGACUCAUGCGAUGGAUUUGCAUUGGCCUCCUCGUCGCUGUGACUCUUUGGGGUAUCGCCUUUUCGAUCACCGCAUGGUUCCCUUGCUUUCCAGUGCGAGGGUACUGGGACCGCACAGUAUCUGCGAACUGCUACGGCUUCGGACUCGGAGACCUUGAUAGCUUCAUCGCUACGUACAAAGCGCAAGCGGCCACCAACAUGUUGUUAGAUAUCUCCAUUUUCAUUGCGCCAAUGGUGUUGUUCAGAACACCAAACCUGCGAUCCAAGAACGUGUUCGCAAUGGCUGGCGUGUUCACCUUUGGAGCUGUCGUUGUCGGAACAUCAGUCUGGCGACUCCACGGCAUCGUCGAAACCAAAGGCGCAACCUAUCCCUACGUCGACUACACCUGGUGGUCGCCAACUCUCAUCAUCCUCACCUGCCUCGAAAUCGACCUUGCCAUCAUCUGCGCCUCCAUGCCCAUUUUCUGGCCCAUCAUCGAGAAGUCGCUCAGCGCCAUCUUUGUCAGCUACGAAGUCCAGGUCGUAGAGGAGCGCGUCGACGACUACGGUCUUACCUACGAGUUGGAGCACAUGAAGGGGGACGACAGGCCAUGCAGCAUAAAGAGCAGCGGGACGAGCACACAAGAGUUGACGAAUGAUGAUGAGGAGUCGCAUCCGAGGAGACCACAAUUCACGGUAGGCUUUGAUCCGCUGAGUGAGGAACAAAGAAACAAUGGGUUGAGUACGAAUGUUCAGUCGACAGCUCAGUCGAAAUGGCAGCUCUAG